AUGGGCACUGCUGCUCAGCAGCAGCAGCAGCAGCAACCUGCCCCGUCAUCAGUCUCAUCACCCGCAGCAGUAGCAGCAGUAGGCCCGGCCACAGUCUGUAACGCACAUCGCAUCAUUGCCCCAGCCCCGCUGGUGCCGGUGGAGAGCGAAUUUCCCUCCGCCGACAUGCCAUGUGCGCCCGGAGCCAUUGCCUCAGCAGCAACCGUCACAGCAUCCGCCACAGACCCGCCCGCAGCAGCAGCAGCAUCAAGUGGUGACGGAGGGACGCAGCCGGCAACCACCGACCCGGAAGCCGGUGGCGUCCACCACCCACAGAACGGCGGGGGGUGUUCCUCCGAGCCAGCAGCAGCAAGUGGUCAGGGUCAGCACGUGGAAUGGCAUCAGCAGCCACCGUCCGAGUCAGCGAGCAGCAACCGUCAGACGACCGGCGGAAGCCGACAGCAAAGGAUUGCUGGUGGAAAAGGCAAGCAUUUAACCCGCAGUCACGCCAUGCGUGAGUCAACAUCCCCGCCCCGGACGCCUACACCACGAUCUCCAUCCGAGCAGCACGGCGGCAGCAACCCGAUCGGCAGCACCAACAGCAGCAGCAGUAGUCCCGGAGGCGUCACGACGACCGCCAGCGGUUGUGAUGGCGGCGUGCUUAGCAACGGGCCAUCCUGUUUGCCGGACCGACCCACCGUGAAUGACGCCGGUGACCCCACAGACUCGCCCCGUCUUAGCAAGCACGCUCCGACCGCAGGCGGCACCGUGCCGAAUGGCAAGAGUCAGCUGGACGUCGACUUCCCGAAGCUGACGCCACCGAAAACGUCCUUCAAUCCGGCCAACGGUCAUCAUCCGAGCGCCCCGACGAAGGCCACUGGCGUGAAGAAUGGCAGUCAGCAGCACGCGGGGACGACGCCUGGGGCCAGUAAACCUGACAGCAGCGAUGGCGACGAUGACCAAGCACCGCAGAGUGCCAGCGACUCGAAAGGCAGCCAAGGCCAAGAUCAACCGGACGGUGGCGGUGACACCGGCAGCACACGGAACCGAUGCGGCAUCCCCAGCGUGGUGCGGGUGUCCGGAAUGACACCUACACUUGGCGCCGCUGCCGACGAUCCGAACGACGAUCUGCACGAGGGCGACAGCAACGGAACGGCGGGCGGUGGGACCUCACCCGUACCGGCAGCAGCGAAUAGCAACUAUUGUGAUAACGACGGUGGCCGCCACGGUCUGCGCCACCACCACCACCACCAGCAGCAGCGGGAGGUGAACUUUGGCGGUAGCCAUAAUGACGACGAAGACGAGGGACCCGCGGCUGGUGGUGGACGGAGCGGCACCGAUGCGUCCGGCACCCCGAUCAACAUACAGUUCUCGCACGAAACGGAAACCCGUUACAUCCGGUGCGACAGUCCUAUGGAAGAGAGCCUUACGGGGAGGAGCAGCGGCGGCAGCAUCGGGGCCAUCAACUUGAUGGCGGGCCCGGGUGGCGGUACGCCGACUUCGCAACCGAACGCCACCGGGUCCGGCGGUGGAAGCGGCAAGAAACGUAGCGGUGCUUCCGGUAAGGGAGGCGGCAGUAAGGCGGCCCGGUUAAAGCACAUGAGCGGUGGCUCGUCGUCCAGUGUCGACGGUGGCACCACCGGGGGCGGAGGAGUAACGAAUGCAACUGGAACCGGAAGUGCCGGCGGUGGAUAUAUGGUUUCGCGGGACAACUCGUGCGAUCAGUUCACGGACCAGAGCGGUGUCAACUUGCUGCAGUUCUUCAAGGAGACGCUCAACAAGAACUUCAAGGACCGCAACAUGCUGAUGAAGAUCGAGAAGGAGCUGCUCGCACUGGCGAUGGACCGCAGCCGCAGCCAGAUGAAGUUUCCGCCCAUGUCUUCCUACAACCGCAUGCUGAUCCACCGGGUGGCCGCGUACUUCGGCAUGGAGCACAACGUGGACGCGACGCAGCAGUGCGUGAUCGCGGAGGUGACGCCCGCCACGCGCAUCCCGGACAUCCGGUUCAAGAAUCUGAUCGCGGACAGCUUCUCGGAGGAGCCGCGCAAGUCGAUCCUGAAGCGCGACACGCACAGCUUCGACGAGUACCAGCGUUUCGUGGGCAGCGGCGGUGGCGGAAUGGGAGGAGCCGGGACGGGUGGUGGCAGCGGGCUGCUGCACUGCCCGGACCGUGGCAUGCUCGAUCGCAAGGCGAAGAGCUUCGAGGAGCGCGAGGAAGAGUACGAGAAGAGCAAACGGCGACUCUUCAAAAACCGUGAGCACGAGUCCGAGUCCGACCAGUGGCAGUGGAACUCCACCGACGGUGCCGGAGGUGGCGGCGGCGCUGGUGGUGGUGGCGGCGGUGGUGGUGGUGUUGGCACGAUACUGGCCGACCUGAGCGUCGGCGCCCGUCACCAGCAGAAGUUGCAAAAUAGCCGCCUGCUGAAAGUACAAUCAGUGUCAAUCGAAGGCCGAUCGGACGAGCGGCCGUGCGUGUCGAAAUCGCACAGCUUCGGCGGCUACGGGGGGUCGUCCCAGAACGCAUCGCUGCUGCGGGGCGACUCGAUCACGUCGACCAAAAGUGCCGGUGCCAGGCUGUUCUCGAAGCAGGACUCGAACGCCAGCCAGAACACCCCGUGGCGGCUGUCGCCAUCGAGCAGUGGGUCGUACCUUACUUCCAGCUACAAAACCCAGUCGAUCCGGUCCGACUCGGUGACGCCGUCGCCGACCGGGUACGGUAGCGGCGACCACACGCCGGAACCGUGCGUCCCCUCGCCGUCCGCCACCUGCGGUGUCAUGUGGGCCGUCACCGAUAUGGCCAGUGUGCCCAAGGGCAGCGUGCUGAUCGAUCCGCAAACGUUCCAACCGAUCGUCAACCAGGACGGCACGCUGUAUCACUUCGAUCCCUCCAACCUACCGCCGGUGGCGGGAGGCUCGUGGCCAGGUCCGGGUAACGGUAAGCUGUCGAAGCGCAAGUUUGAAAAGCAAAAGUCCUUCAGUAGCAAGCACAACCUGAACAGUAGCAGCUCGUACGACAGCUCGAUCGAUGCGCCGUUCGCAGCGGGAAGGACGGUGGACUGCGGGCAGCAGACGGCGAUGGCCGGGCCGGGCGAUAAUCCUAUCACCACCCUGACGACGCCGACGACCAUCGCGGAGGAGGUGGUCAAUGAGCUCGGGUGCUACGAUGGAACCGGUGCCAGCACCGGAGGCCUAAAGCUGCUCGGUUCCAAAGAUAGUGCGGACUUUGAUGAAAACUCGAGCAUCUGCGAUGAAAUCUCACAAACUACCAACGAGCUUGGCGCUUUGAAGUUACAGAAACAUCAAGCCACUAGUCCUAUGCUGCAGGCCAGCGAAUUGCAACCAGUUGAUAUGAAUGAAAUUCAUUACGGUACUAAUCAGAACGACAACAGUAAUCUCCUGAAUACUGCCAACUCAACACUGCUGGUAGACGACGGUCGGUCCGCGCUGCUCGACGACGAGCUUGGCGACAGAGCGCCUGAGGAGGUCGAAGGGUCGUCCUGCAUGCCACUGGCACCCUCGGGGGCCGAUUGCGUGUCGGACCAGGGGCUGUCGGGCGGUGUUCAGUUGCUCCACGUCCACGAACCGGUCAGCAACAGCAGCACGCUGGAGGCGGGCGACGAGGACGACGAUGACGAGGCGGAGGACCGCAGUGAAACGCCAACCGACGCCGGCCCGGAGGAGGUCGAAGAGGUGGACAAAAAGAACGACAUGGUCAAGGUGGCCAACGUGGUGCAGACUGUGGUUCCCCUGACGAGCUACGCAAGCUCCACUCCGCCGAGCGGUGUCGGUAGUGGCAUCGCCGGAGGCGGUGGCGGCGCUGGGGGUGGCUCGGUGGGGGCGUACACCGUCACGUACGACGGUGGAGGUAGCGGACUCCCGGGUGCUACCGUCUACGGUACGCCGGGUCUGUCUACGACGACAUAUCAGACUGCGCCGGACGGGGCCAUCUACGCGGUGCCGUCCUCCCUCGUCUACACAUAUCCCACGACGAUGGAUCCGACGGAGAUGUCCGGUGGGUACUUCGUGCCAGUGUACGACCCACAGCAGCGCGACACCGCCAGUCUCUGCUCGACACCGGGUGCCUCUCUCUACACCGCUCCGGCCGGUGCCACCUCGACAGUAUUACACCCGAUCGCGUACACACCGACGGCGGUGGCAACGGCGGCAGCCGCCGCGGCCGCUGCCUACGGCGGGGCGCCCCUCUACCAGAACCCGCUCAUGUACUCGUCGGACCAGUUCCCCAGCGCACAGGCCGCGGCGGCCGCCCAGCUAUCGCAGUAUCCAAUCAGCUAUCCGAUCGGCAUCGGGUAUCCGUUCAAUGGUGCCACGUACCAGAACUACUGGAACCAGCCAAUCACUUACUACGUUCCUCAGACGCCCGUACCGACGUCGGCCGUCGGCAGUGCGUCGAUCCUGAUGCCGCCUCCGAUCGCACAAACGCCGACGAGCGGCGGUAUCAUAACGUCGGCCGCCACGUCCGGCUCAUCGUCGGUGGUGGCCGGUACGAUGUCCGGCAAGCGUAACACAACGCCACCGAACAAUCACAUCACGGGCCACGGAGCGUCGCAUCCACCGCCGACCCAUUCGAACCACAGUGCAUCGGUGACGCCCGUGCCGAUCUCCCCGUUCGCCUCCAGUGUUCCCGUACCGCUGCCCGACCCGUCGUCGGCGGGGGCCACCCCGAUGUACGCGGCGUUUCCGCAGCCCCUCUACCCCAACAUGCUUCCAUUCGCCAGCCCGAUGCCAGCGCAUCCUCACUCGACGGCGGGUGGUGCAACGGCCGCCACGGCCGUCAACUCGAUGCUUCCCACUGCCGCGCCAUUCCAUCCUCACGCACAGCAAGCGCAGCAACAGCUGCCUCCCCAAGCUCACCAUCAUCACCAUCAUCACCAGCAGCAGCAACAACCGCAGCUGCAGCAUCAUCAUCACAGUCACCACCAUCCUCAUCCGCAUGGGUCCGCGGGCGGCAUCGGUGCACAGGAUCCGGUGUUGGGCCCAGGGACUCACUAUUCCAGCGCAAAUGGACCGAACGUUGCGAGCGGAGGUAGCAGCAGCAGUAGCACCAGCAGCAGCAACGGUAGCAGCACCGGAAGCCACGGCAGCAACAAUAACGGUGCACCGAAUGCGCCGACCCCGCAGUCGACUCCCAGCACACCGCUGUCGCUGCCAAUGUCCGCUCCAACGCACCACGGCGGCAAGGGCGGGAUGCCACUGUUUCCUACGCCUCCCAUGAUACCGCAUGGCGGUGGGGCGACCGGUUACGUGGCGACGACCACUGGCCACCAUCACCACUACGGGGGGCCUACGACGGUGACGGAGGACGGACGCAAAAAUGGGCCCGGUGGCGGCUACCAGGGUAAGGGACGGCUACCGAACACGGCCGGUGGGUCCAGUUACUUCAACUACAGUAACCCCUCCGGGACCACCGUCCGUCAGAUGACUCCGAAUGGCCCGACCGGCGGUGGCGGUGGCGGAGGUGGCUCUUUUGCCGGGCCGGGAAAAACGGGUGGUAGCUAUCCGGCCAACACAGGGAACAAUGGUGGUGGUGGUGGACCGACGGUCGGUGGCGGUCCUCUGAUACUGGGGCCACCUCCUCCGGGCAAGGGCAACCGGCACGAGGGCAGCUCCUCGAGCAAACCGCCCCUGAUUCCGACGCUCCCGACCAUGGUGGCCACCGGUGCGGUGGUCGGCCCACCGACGGCCAACGGUGGUGGAAUGGGUGGUGACAAGUCGCGACUGAACCGGUCCUCCAAGCCGCCAAAUCUCGAUCUGAAGCGCGGUGGCUUCGGCACGACGAACAGCUAUCACGUGGUCAACAGCCGCAACACGCCGAGCACGAACUCGAACGAAAGUAACGGAUCGCCGAACAGUAUUACGUCGUCGUCGGUGCACGAGCACGGUCACCAGGGACCCGGGCUACAGGGACCACCGUCCACGCAUCACUCAGCCGGCCAUCACCAUCACGGAGCGCACGGAGCGGCCCCGUCGAACCACCCGUCGACGCCGACUUCCCACGUCGGCGGUGGACACCAUGGUGGAGGACAGUCGAUGUCACAUGGCGCUCCCCAGCAGCACCAUCACAAUCCGCAGCAGCAGCAGCACCACCACCACAAUGCUCACGGAAAUAAUGUUGGCAAUCAGCAGCACCUACAAUCAGGCGGAGCGCAACAGCACCAUCACCACCACGGUGGUGGUGGAGGGACGACACACUACUAUACCCACGGGCCCGGUGGCCAAUCGCUGGGCGGGGUCGGAGGGCCACACGGACAGGCUUCGUACUAUGCCACCGGCCACUCGCAGCGUGGCGGAAGCGUUGGAAGCAAUAGCGGCAGCAGCGGUGGCGGGGCCAACACCGGUGGCAAUGGCGGUGGCCACGCGGCGCACCAUCCCCACGCCAUGACAGCGACGGCCACCGUCAUGCACAAUUCGGCCGUUGCAGCGGCGGCGGCGGCCGCCGUCGAACCGUACCAUCAGCAGCUGAUUCCGAUCAACGCUGCGGCGGCCGGCAUGUCCUACGUCAAGAUCGGACAGGCCUACUUCCCCUCGCUCGCGCUGCCGCAAAGUCGCCGAUCGCCCCCGAACGAGAUACGUCCUCUAGCCGGUGUGUACCCCACGAUGAACAUGGUUAUGCCAGCGUCACGACAGUUCACCCCACGACCACAGCACAACAGUGGCUACAGUGGCCAUAAGGCAACCAAAACUCUCCGGUAAAUCAUCGCCAAUCAUCGCGGAGCUUGCGUGCCGGUGUGCAGCCCGGAGAUAGUGAGACGGUAGUUAACGAUAGGGCAGCAGUAGUCCACUGUCCACUGGCGACAUAGGCAACGCGAAUGCAAAUCCCCACUAACCGUAACCCAUAACCGAAACACAGUUCGUAGUACCGCAACAAUUCUAGACGUACACGUACACGUACACACAAAUACAAACGGAAACAAAAAUGAAACUAAGCAACAAGCAACAACAAAACAAAAACUAUGAUUAUAAUGUGAUCUGAAAGCAUCGGGAUAAUAAGCUCGGUGCAGCUAUGUCCGGCAACGUGAACCUACCUGUAGAGUAUAACCAGCAUCCAGCAAAACAUCUCUCUCCUGUGCUCUGCUCUGUGGGAGCCUGCCGAUGCCUCCAGUACUGAUCCGGCCGAGCCUCGCUACACGGACACGACGUUUGGAAAACGUUUUUAAAACAAAAUAGAUAAAACUAAACGCAACCGGCCACCACAACACCGCAAGCGCAAACAGAGGGGACCCGGAAUGUGCUACCCGGGGGACAGUGUUACAACCCAACGUGUGACCCAACCGUGUGUUGUCUUUGGGAGCGGCCAGAGAAUGAGAUAUUUAUCGCAGUGGUAACGCAAAGCGCGGUGCUACAGCGCUACAUUAACAUGCGGUCGAAUGUGUUGGGCGGAUCGUUAAAACUCGACGAAAAGGAAUUGCGCGGUGUUUGGCGAACGUUAUUAGAUACACGAGAGAGCGAGCGAGAGGACGACGAUGUGCAGGAAAUGUCCGCCGCCACCGCCGCCGCAAAAUUUUCUUUAGUUGCCGUUUUCAAAAUUUAAUGUUUAUCCUUCGCUCCUGAUUGCUGUUACGGUGCUCGCUUACGAUCCAUUGUUUCGUUAUUACCGAACGCCGCAAAACUGUGCACAUGCACGCACAAGUGGGGAGUAAAUGGGGGGCAUCGCAUCGGCCGCCGGGGGUUUGCGGUUCCGUAGCCUGUGAUUGUUCCGUUGAAAUGGUGGGAUUUUGCUUAGAGCAGAGCGCGCGCACCGCGAAGGUUUCUUCUCUUCAAUUUUGCCCACAAACUGUUCUCCCCGAGGACACAAACAAAACCGAUCGCUGUUUGUGAUAGAUACGGCCAAAAGCCAUCGUACCCGGGGGGUCGAUCGGUGCUUACCAGAGUGAUGGCGCGCGGAGAAGGAGUGUAAACAAAUCAGAGUGUUAAAAGGCAUUACUACUAAAACAAACGAUGGCUAUGAAUGGUUCAAAUUUGUGAUUAGCCAACGAUGGUGGUCCAAUGUGUGUGUGAGUGUGUGUGUGUGUGUGUGUGGGCUACGAUCCUACGACCACGGUAAAUAUUAGUAGGCACCGCUACGAUGUACUGAUCCUCUCUGCAAUCCGAAUAUUAGAAUUUCCAAACCAAACCGUCAAAUCAAUCGAUAUCUUUUACAAUGAGGCAGCAUAAAGAAAUCCGAUCCCCAGCACUUUGUUUUAGACACUAUUCGGUUGAGUUUCGUCGAGCCAUUUUAAGCAAUGGAACCUUAAGGACGUCUGAGACUCUGUACUCUAAACCAAGACUCCACACACCUCGAAUUAUCCGCAGAUUUUGUUACUUUGCCACCAUACGUUUAUGUUAUGCGAGGACAUUGAGAGUUAUGUAGCCACUUUUUUGUGUGGACAGCAACCCGCGGCAGGGUUGUGGUGUGCAAACUGUGGUGCUGUUCCUUGUAUAUCCAUGAGACAGUAUGGUAGGGCCAGUUUCUGUGUGCAUAGAAAAGACAACAGUAGACAACAUCCCCAGAAUGGAUCGUUUAUAGUAGAACACCUAUUUACUUUACAGUGCCGAUCAACCACUAACCACAAUGAGAAAGCAUUUUUCUUAUAACAAUCAACCGAACAAACCAUGGAUUACUAUAUUUAAACCGAACGAAACUGAGUAAGAGCCGUACACAUAACUAGCCGUACCCGAAACGGCUAACACUGUAGUACCUUAGACACAAACCAUACUUAUAUAUUGUAAAGUACGUUCAUAUAAACCUUCCUUCAUCCGUCAGUGGCAUAAUGAAUUCGACUGAAUUCUUGUCGUUCAGACGUUGACGACAUCACAAAUUCUUUUCUUUUACUCAAAAUUUCCGUUCGAUAGUGCUUACUAUGAAGUCUAAAUAAAUUUUCACUCCUCCUUGGAUUCAAACAUGCAUGUGCGCGGGAAUCGGAUUCUCCUCGAUGUCUUCGCACAGUGAUGAGUGGAAGACAGAGCUUCGCUAUUCGCCCCGUUCGAUCCCAUGUGCAGUCCAUCAUGCGGACCUUCUUGUUGAAGUACAAAUAGAUGCUUCCUUCACUUCUCGUCUAUCUUCAGUGUUGCGCACGGUGCAAAAAGAAGCAACGGAAGAUUUCUGUUAACGUGGUACAAAAUGUCAUGCAAUGAUUGUUGCUUGAGUUGGGACUUGGGCAAAAAAGAGGGUCAAAGCGGUACCUCCGCAAGGAACUAUUAAUAGUUGAACUUCAAACCAGAUUUCAUGGCAAACUAAAGCACAAAUAGGGGCAAACUACCAAACUACCCGUUGGUUGUGGCAGCGUUAUCGUUCUAGUCACAUAUACCAUGGACUCGGUGAUACUGUAAAACGUCACCAAAAUCGUAACUUUAACAUCUUAUUAUUUAACGCAACUGUUUCUUGAAACAAAGUUUUUUUCUGUUUAUAAGUGCAUGAAGUUUGCUGAGUCAAGUAGUUCGAUAUUGAAUAAGUUUAUGAAUUCUGCCAAAGGGAAUAAUAAAUCACAUCUCUCUCGUAUCUUACCAUCUACUGAAUGAUUACUACUACUACACCAAACCAUAUGAAAAUACAGUUGCCAUUUUAUUGAAGGAAUUCCUGGAGAAAACAAACCCGCUAACCAACAUCGGAGCACAUGUUGAGUUUGGAACAACACUGUAUGCAUGAGUAGACCAAAGCGCCGCCAUCAGAAGGAACGAAAAGAAUAACAAGAGAGGUAGAAGGAAGAGAGAACAGCAUAUUAGAAACGCCUACAAAUGAAUAUCCAGAAAAUACAUGAAUAUCGAAAAAAGAGAUAACAAACACAGGAUAAAUGAGAUAAUACAGCUAGCUACGAACAGAGUUUGAAGGGAGUGAAUGAGUUGAACAUGCAGACACACAAAACAAAACUAAAAAACGAAACGGUUGAUUAAAUGUGUUAUUAUAUAUACGAAAGAUUGUAUUUAUUUUAGUUUAUAUACACUGGGAAAGUGAGAAGGCCAGAGACAGUAGUAGUAGAGAGUCAGAAGGAUAGUCAGAAAGAGAGAAAGAGAGAGAGAGAGAGAGAGCGAGAGGGAGAAGAAGCGCAUGAUAAUAACGAAUAAUUGGGGGGAAAAGCGAAAAUGCGAGUGAAAAACCCGAUAAAACAAAACAAAUAAUUCUAAGAAAAAGCAAGUAAAACGGGCUGCAGAGACAAAGGAAGAAACUAUUUCCAGAAGAAUGAAAACAUUAAAGAAUGAAACAACAAAAAGUAAAGUAGU